AGCGACUUCGGCAGUCAAACCCUUUCCCCUGUCUUUCAAAACGGCGGCGGAGCAGCACGGAAGCGGGCCGGACGCGAUAAUCUACUUCGGAUCCAUACUGGAUACUGCAUACUGCUGUGUUGCGUUGCCUCGAUGGACGCCGACGGGACUGACGUCGAAGAGGGCGCCGACUUUGACGGCCAGGCGUUCCCCGUUCACAUCCUCUCUUGCGAGCAUUGCCGACAUCGGAAGGUCCGCUGUGAUAGAAAGGAGCCGUGCGGGCCCUGCGUGCGCAAGCAGAUCCCAUGCACGUUUCCAGCCGGCUUCAAGCCUCGGACAAGACGCCAAAGAGCCCUGGUGUCUAACUCAUACGAGGACAAGAUUGACAAUAUUUCAAGAAAGCUUGACCGUAUUUGUUCCCUCGUUGACAAGAAUGGACCUCCAUCCGCCCGCCUCCAAGAUGGCCCACUCUCCGGCCAGUCCAACUUCGUCCCCCACAGGACUCCCGGCUCGUAUAAUUCAUCACCAAUACAACAUACUCAGAGUAGCGAAGACGCCUCCGGGUCCGACUACGAAGGCGAGCUGUCAUUAACUGCCCAUGCCACUUUUGCCACAAAUUUCGCCCAGCAAGCCGUGAACAACAACCACCCCCUCAAGGUCUCGCAAGAGGUGACGUCGAGCCUCGAUGCAUUACGCCGUACUCUUGUUACCAACGAAGACCGGACCGACAGAUCUCGCGCCCUGAAUGCGCACCUGAUUUCAUCAACUGCUCUUCUAGAUGGCUUUCAAAUGCCUCCCAUCAACUUGGCCAUGGCCGCUGUACAAAGUCUUAGAGGCUCUGCUCGUGCUAGAACUUUCUGUUGUCUCGAGUUCGAAUCUAUUGGCCAAUUUGUCGAAUACUUCUUUACAGUUUACUCGGGGCAGCCCUCGAUUGCCGACUUGAUCAUCGUCAACUGCAGUCUUGAGCGUCUUCUUAUUGAAUAUGGAAAUGAUCAAACAGACGAAGCCCGAAAACUUGAAUUUAGAUCACAGGGUCUGUUGUGUCGCCACAACAUGGAGUCGAUUCUAGCCCGCCUUCCUUUCAACCUCCCGAUGACUCUAGACUUUUCACUAGCUCUUCUCAUGGCGUCGACAUAUUACCUAGAGAUAAGCAAACCCUCGAUGGCGUGGAACUGUCUCGUCGGAGCCUCUCAGAUGGCCCAGGCACUUGGCUUCCACCGAGACGCCCCCCUGAAGCCCGAAAACCCAGAGACACGGAGACGCAGGACGAAGCUUUUCUGGUGCAUCUUCCUGCUCGAUAAGACUCUCGCGCUACGGCUAGGUCGGUCUUCUACAAUUCGGGACUGCGACGUUACGCUUCCCCGGAUGGAUUUGGAAGCCGUCGCCGACGGCCAACUGGACGCCGUGUUGCCAAAGUGGAUCGACAUGGCCAUACUCCAUGGCAAGGUGUAUGACGAUAUUUACAGCCCCGGCGCUCUACUCCAACCGGAGGGCAUACGUGUUACCCGAGCACGAGCUCUGGCAACUGAAAUGCAAAGGGUAUUCGAAGGAGAAAGCCCUGCUGAUACUCGAUACCUCGAAGGUCGCCGCCGGGCUCUCGGAGACUCAACGCAUGAGCUUUUAAUCCGCGCCGACAGAAUAUCCUAUCUCGCAGAUUUGACUCUCAUCUAUCGCAGCAUCCCCUCGGGGCCAUAUUCCACCUCGGCCUUCUGUGAUGAGUGUAUUGCUACUGCCAACCGCGGUCUUGAGGAGCACAAAAAGUGCAUCGUCCUUCUUCGAGAUAUGGAAGGCGACGUCCUGGAAUUAUAUAUACAAUGGGCCCUCCUUUCAUCCCCUUUCGUCCCAUUUAUCGUCAUUUUCUGUCAUGUCAUCGAGACAUCCGCUCCCCAACACCUAGAAAAGCUUGCAGCCGUCGUCGAAACGCUGCAGAUGCUUCCCCCGGAUUACCCCGAGGCGUACAAAAAGCAGCUCCGUCUUUUCAAGCGCAUGUACGACGUCGCGUGCAAGUAUGUCGAAGCUGGAGCCAGCGUACCAGCAGGACAUGUAGCACAGGCCAGAGGCUCGGAGGGCGGAUUUGAGGCAUUCUUCAAAGAGGCGGGUAUUGCACUGCCGGGUCAACCGCUGCCGAUGCCUGACCCAGGUCAGCCGAAUGCUCAGAUGAACCCUGGGGUUGCAUUCGGUGUCGGGAUAGGCGGCAUUGAAGGUGCUGACGAAGGUCUGGCAGCGAACAUGGAAAACCCCAGCUUUGAGCUGGGGAACUGGUUUGACCAGAAUUAUCAGAUUCUGAAAAUGAUGGAGGAUGGGAUCUAAGAGCUUAUAUACCCUCGAUUGAUUUAAUACGACAAUUUCUACAGAAAUCCCUUGCGAAAGAACAUUUACGUUCCGUCAGUUGUCCAUCACCUAGGCCUGAUUGGACUCUGACAGAGCGUUAUGGCGACAGCCCAAG